AUGAGAGAAAAGCCGUACAAAUGUCACUGGCCAGAAUGCGAAUGGAGAUUUGCAAGAAGUGACGAAUUGACACGUCACUACCGGAAACACACGGGAGCAAAACCGUUUAAAUGUUUAGUUUGCGAAAGAUCAUUUGCAAGAUCCGAUCAUUUAGCUUUACACAUGAAAAGGCAUCUUCCGAAAAAUCCAAAAUAA